AAACAACAGAAGGAGGUUGUCAUGUACGGAAAGUAUAGGUUGGAGUCGUCCAGUGAUGCCACGGUCCUGAUUCCGGCUAAGGUGGGCUGGGGCGUUCAGGAGUUGCCUUCGUUUGUUGUACCCGCCUUGUUGAUUUACCAGUCGGGAAGCCUGGAUACCUUGGGGAGCAAACUCUUGCUGUUCUUAUUCUUCCACAGGACAUGGAUUUAUGGAUACCUCACCAGAGGGAGACCUGUUCAAAUCGCCUUUGUUUUGACAAGUUUUUUAUUUUGCACUUUGAAUGGGUACCUUCAAGGACACAACUUGCUCUACUGUACGAAGUAUGAAGAUAGCUGGACGACUGACUUCAGAUUUUUGUUUGGGAUAUUGCUAUUCUUACUGGGAAUGGCCUUCAAUAUUCAUAGCGAUAAUUUAUUGCGGAAUUUGAGAGAACCUGGAGAUUUCAGUUAUAAAAUUCCUCGAGGAGGAUUAUUUGAAUAUGUUUCUGCAGCAAACUACUUCGGUGAGAUUGUGGAGUGGUUUGGUUAUUCCAUAGCAACUUGGACCUACCCAGCUUUUGCUUUCGCUAUAUUCUCAGCGCUCUAUUUAGGGGCUCAUGCUUUGCAACGUCACAGGUUUUAUCUGGAGAAGUUCAAGGAGUAUCCAAAAUCUAGAAAGGUUUUGAUUCCUCUUUUAUUUUGA